GGAGCCCCAGAGGGGAAAAAGAAAGUGCGGCGGAAAGUAAGAGGCUUGUCGGGGGGACGGCUGCCAGGAUCUGGGUCUCCUGGUCUCAGCUUGGACCCGGGAUCGGAAAGAGACAGUGGCCGGCCACCCUGCACCCAUCCCGUCGCUGUCGCGGAGCCCUCUCGGCUGGCCCAGGAAGGAUGGGACUACUAUGGUGCUUGAUGAGUCUGUCCUUUUAUGGGAUCCUGCAGAGUCAUGCCUCAGAACGCUGUGAUGACUGGGGACUAGAUACAAUGAGACAAAUCCAAGUGUUUGAAGACGAGCCAGCCCGCAUCAAAUGCCCCCUCUUUGAACACUUCUUGAAGUACAACUAUAGCACUGCCCAUUCCUCUGGACUUACCCUGAUCUGGUACUGGACCAGGCAAGAUCGGGACCUGGAGGAGCCCAUUAACUUCCGCCUCCCAGAGAAUCGCAUCAGUAAGGAGAAAGAUGUGCUCUGGUUCCGGCCCACCCUACUCAAUGACACAGGCAAUUACACCUGCAUGUUGAGGAACACUACAUAUUGCUGCAAGGUUGCCUUUCCGCUGGAAGUCGUUCAGAAGGACAGCUGCUUCAAUUCCCCCAUGAGACUCCCGGUGCAUAAACUGUACAUCGAGCACAGUAUUCAUAACAUCACGUGUCCAAAUGUAGAUGGUUACUUUCCUCCCAGUGUCAAACCAGCCGUCACUUGGUAUAAGGGUUGUACUAAAAUCGUGGAUUUUCAUAAUGUACUACCUGAGGGUAUGAACUUGACCUUUUUCAUCCCCUUGGUUUCAAAUAACGGCAAUUACACAUGUGUUGUCACAUAUUCAGAAAAUGGACGCCUCUUUCACCUCACCAGGACUAUGAGUGUGAAGGUGGUAGGCUCGCCAAAAGAUGCAUUACCACCCCAGAUCUAUUCUCCGAAUGACCGUGUUGUCUAUGAGAAAGAACCAGGAGAAGAGCUUCUCAUCCCCUGUAAAGUCUAUUUCACUUUCAUCAUGGACUCCCACAAUGAGAUCUGGUGGACCAUUGAUGGAAAGAAGCCUGAUGAUGUCACCGCUGACAUCACCAUUAAUGAAAGUUUAAGUUAUUCCCCAACAGAGGAUGAAACAAGGACUCAGAUUUUGAGCAUCAAGAAAGUCACCCCUGAGGAUCUCAGGCGCAACUAUGUCUGUCAUGCACGAAAUACCAAAGGGGAAGCCGAGCAAGCAGCCAAGGUGAAACAGAAAGUAAUACCGCCACGGUAUACAGUGGAACUCGCCUGUGGUUUUGGAGCUACGGUAUUUCUGGUGGUGGUUCUCAUCGUGGUCUACCAUGUAUACUGGCUGGAGAUGGUCCUCUUUUACCGGGCUCACUUCGGAACAGAUGAAACGAUUCUUGAUGGAAAGGAAUAUGAUAUUUAUGUUUCCUAUGCAAGAAACGCUGAAGAAGAGGAAUUUGUGUUGCUGACGCUCCGUGGCGUUUUGGAGAAUGAAUUUGGAUACAAGCUGUGCAUCUUUGACAGAGACAGCCUGCCUGGGGGAAAUACGGUGGAAGCCGUGUUUGAUUUCAUUCAGCGGAGCCGAAGGAUGAUUGUUGUCCUGAGCCCCGACUAUGUGACAGAAAAGAGCAUCAGCAUGCUGGAGUUUAAGCUGGGUGUCAUGUGCCAGAACUCCAUUGCCACCAAGCUUAUUGUGGUGGAGUACCGUCCCCUCGAGCAUCCCCACCCAGGCAUCCUGCAGCUGAAGGAGUCUGUGUCUUUUGUGAGCUGGAAGGGAGAGAAGUCCAAACAUUCUGGCUCCAAGUUCUGGAAGGCCUUGCGCUUGGCUCUUCCCCUGAGAAGUCUGAGCGCCAGCUCAGGCUGGAAUGAGAGCUGCUCUUCUCAGUCUGACACCAGUCUGGAUCACGUUCAGAGGAGAAGUCGGUUGAAAGAGCCCCCAGAACUCCGGAGCUUAGAGCGUGUGCCUGGAGUAGCGCCAACCCAGGGCAUCGUAUCCAAGCACCGAGGGAAGCCCUCCGCAGCCUGUCGCUGCUGUGUCACCUACUGUGAAGGAGAAAGCAAGAGCCUGGCAGAGAUGCAUACCCAACCCCAGUGGGAAACACACCUCUGUAAGCCUGCUCUCCAAGAGUCGGAAAAUCAGUGGAUACAAAACGACACCAGACCCGAGUCAGCUCCCCAGAUUGCAGCUCUUGCACGACACCAGUUUACAGAUUUAUCCAAUAACAAUGACUUUUAUAUUCUGUAAUCACUUUAUGUGGAGGGUGGCGGCUGCUAUUUCUACCAACUCUCCCUGGGUCACAAACAUUUGGGAAUAAUUGACAUUUUUAUCAUCUAAUAGACUAUCAGAUUUGUGUCCCCUUUAUUGAUUUCUAAAAACUAUUUGUUUCUAGGAGACAAAAGACCGGAAGCACCUGAAUGCAGUUAUUGCCUCUAACGGCCUCGGAAGAGCACACUCUUCUCGGGCCCUAGAAGGUCAGUAUGUAAAAGUUGCCUAGUGUCUGAUCUUGCCCAGCGGUUUAAAAGUAGCUCAGAACUGGGGUUUCCUUAUGACGUGGGUCAGUAAAGUAUACUUGGGCAUUGACAGAGGGUGUGUGUACCCAAGGGAACAGGGCUUUGGCACUCACAAGGUGUGUGUACCCAAGGGAGCAGGGCUUUGACACAGGGUGUAUGUACCCAAAGGAACAGUAUUUUGACAUUCACAGGGUGUGUAUACUCAAGGGAGUGAGUUGAAAAGGAGCAGGUUCUGGUGGAUAUUGUAGGGCAGCGCUCAGCAGCAAACCUACAGCACAUUUUGCCCUCCUCCUCCCCCCAGGAUCAAACUUUCUCAGAGAAAUUUAUGCAUCCUAUCGCCUUCCUGUAAAUAGUGUGCUCUGAACUUCCUAAUGUUGUCAGUCUUAAUAAAGGUAUAUUUUUAUGUCAUGUCUUUUGUACUAACAGAUUUCUAAUCCCCUCUCCUCAUUUUGCAUUUUCUGACUUUUAUAUUCAAAUCUAAACAAUAUUCCAAUUCAAGAAAUUGAGAUUUGGAUUAGGUAGAAAAUGUAAAAGGUGAUUUCGUUUUGUUUUGUUUUCUUUUCUUUUUCUGGUGUGUACCUAUGAAAGUACCAAAGACACUGAGUUGGCAUUCUAUGAGAAGUGGAGCUUAAGUAAGGAUCUUGCUUCGUUAGGACCACAGCAAAAAAGUUUGGUAUCAGAAUGAAACUGUAAGUAGGGUUUGGCACUUACACCCUUCCUUCAAGAUUUUGAAAAGGGAUGUUGAGCUCACAUGCUUCCCUCCUAGGGGCAGAAGGUAAGAGAAAAGGAAGAAAGAGGACAGAUGUAGGUUUAACUCCCAUUGACUCCAUCCAACAGCAGCAGAAUAGAGUGCAGGUUCAGAGUAGCAGACUUUUCUGCAAACAUUCUAAUUACUAUAAAAGGCUCACGGCAAUUUAUUCCCAAGUCGGGGUUCUACCAGCAUCCCUUGAGCUUACAGAUAACUGAUGAACACAUGAGUGCUCACUCAGCUCUGCUUGUUCACACUGAAUUAGACCCUGCAAGGCAGAUCAUCCAGUCGCUUUUAUGAGGUCCCACACAUUAAUAUUUGAAUGCAUGCUUGCAAUUAUAUCCUGGCUCAAAUUUAUAAAAAUAGAGUCAAAGAGUAAAACUAAACAAAACAAAACAGGCCAAACAAACAAACAAACAAGCAAAAACCCUUCAUCUGUGAGAUAUAUUCAUCCUGAAGGUCACAAGUAUGUAAUUUCUGGACAAACAUAUUCAGCCGAAGAAUGUAUGCUGAAAUGGGGGUGCAAGUGCCAUUGGCAACUGUGGCCUUGGAAGUGUAAGUUGGCUAUGAGAACACGUGGGAAGUGGGUAUUCCCUCUCCACGCUGAAAACAUCUGGCCUUCUUAAUAGAACUGAUCCGAUAAAUCCUCCAGCCCAAAAGACAGCUGAGAAUCUGUGUAUCUUCUUGUGGCUCUGUAUGCUCCGUGUUUACUUUAAGAGCAUUACAAGCACAAAAUCUGCUGCUUCUGAACAGAAGUAAAUCAAAACAACAGCAGACAAUAUUCAAUGCAAGAAGUCACCUUUCAUACAGCAGCCUCUUGCUGCUAGUGUGCUGGGUUCAGAGACAACCUCUCCACCAAACACAAUGGGAAUGGUAGACAGAUAAAGCACAAGGGAGAAGCCUGCAUUUUUUCAGUUGAAACAAGAAUAGCCCUGUCUAAAACAUUAGUCACUGUGGAAGAUCUGCCCAGAUGUGAUACUCAGCAGACAAGACUUAGCACCUCCUAAGGUCUCAUUUCAGGUUGCAUCGUUUUCUAAAGAGAUGUUCAAAUGCCUCAACUUAGCUGCCAGAAAAUGGGUAAUACACAGGGCUUCAAAUUCUGUGAGGGGAGGAAAUAAUCUUAUUAUUAACAUUCAAACUGUAAAAUACCUUUGGAAAAUUUAAGAAAUUACUUUGUCAAUUAUGCACAAUAUUUUAAACAUUUUCAAAAGUACACCUUGCAAAUUUCAUCCAUGAUGCUAGAGAGGUGGAUCAGUGGUUGAGAGCUGACUGCUCUUACAGAGGAACCUAGGCUUGGUUCACAGCACCUACAUGGUGACUCAUAACUGUUUGCACCCAAAAUUCCAGGAAAGUCAAUGACUCUUGCCUUCUGAGGACUUCUAAAAACAUGGUGCGCAUACACAGAGUUAGCACACAAAAUGCAAGUAAAUAAGUAUUAAAAAUAUAAGUGACUGAAGAAAAGAAAAAAAUCAUGGCUGUAUACAAUGAAAGAUGCUCAUAGUCACUACUAGGCCCCUUGGCAAACUCUCCCUUAAUACUGAUAGCAAGUUCCUCUCUCAACUUCAAGUCUUAGAAAAAGAAUCACACACUAAACCCAGCUACCAAUAUGUAUAUAGAUGUAGGGCCAGAAACUGAAGCUCCAGUGCCACUGACCCAAGAAGUGUGUUUGUCCCUAAACAUUGCUUGCACCGCAGCUCUGCUGCCCUUCAUGCUAGAGUGUGGUUGGCUUGUGCAGGGAACCACAGCUGCUCUGAGUUUGCAAGUACAACAGUCGUCUCAGGUCUAGAACAAAGUAUCUCACACCAGUUUUUUUUUUUCCUAUUUUACAGCUUUUAUAACUUUUUCUGCCUCCUCUUCCACAGUGUUCCUUAAGCCUUGGCCGGGUGAUUGGUAAAGUUGCCCUCUUUAAGGUUGGGUAAUCACAAUCAUUUAUUAUCACACUGAUGAGUUAUGAGUAUUUGCACUGCAAAAAGAGGUUUUUGACCAGCAUAAGUCUAUGGUUAUAAAUAUAACUAUUUUGAAGGCAACUGAUUUGAUAAUGCAACCAUUUAACAGCAUAGAAAGUUCCACCUAAGGUAAAGCCUAUGCAUCUCCCUAACCACAGAGUUUGACCAUAUUUUAAAUACCAGGCAUGUAUUAAAUGCCAGACAUGUUGCAGGCCUCAAAUCCAAUCAGAAAGUAGUUGGUUACUCCAUAAACAUAAUGCCACCGUUGCAGCAGUGAACGUGUCUUGCUUGGGAGGUUGGUAUUGUGUCAUGCAGUGUUCAGCGUUGAGUAAGACAGUUGAGAUUUUUUUCCUCCAGCAGCCUGCAAUAGCACCUUCUGACCCUAUGGAAGCUAGUCAACAAACAGAAAUUUGCCUGGGAGGUGUCAGAUUGAUGUCUCUAGGUCCUGCAGAAUCAUUUUCUUAGAAAGCGAAAUAAAAUAAAAUAAAAUAAAGAACUAAAGACAGAAAAGUGAAUGUGAAAUACAAGUUCUGUUAAACAGCUGUGUAAUUUUGGUACUCUCAAAGCUAAAUUUUUAUAGUGAUUUUCUUUAAAAGAUACAAGCACACAGUUAACAAUAUAAAGUCAUACUUUUGGGUAUUUGGCUACCUAAGAGUCUGGAAGACAAUGACCUAUAUUUUAAGUUUAUGAAAAAAGACUCAGAAAUUAGCAUUAUUCUUUGAUCCAUCAUGCCACAAUAGCGUGAUAGUCAGUAUCAUGUAUUUCAAUGUAAAUAAAAAGAAAUUUUACUUAUGGACCAUGGCUAUCUAUCUUUGAAAUGGUGUCAUUGUUGGCUAAGUUGACAUGUCAUUAUGUAAGAAUUUAUUUUUUUCUAUUUAGAAACAUGAUUUUAAAGUUAAGUGAAGUCUUCUUUAUCUCUUUUCUCUUUGGCUAUGAUCUCUCUGAGCCUUGGUGUUCUGCUAGCUAAAACAGGAGUAAUAUUAUUAAUCUCACUAAAUGUUUUGAGCAUUAAAUGACAUUCUACAAGCUUAAUUAGUAUGCAACACCUCUUUUUUAAAUUUGUCCUAAUUCAACACAGAACAAGAAAUUAUAUCUAGGGUGAGUGUCUUUCUCAAUGGUGCCCAGAUAGCACCCUAAGCUCAGCUUCUAACAUACAUCCCAGUGCCAGUUCUCAAACCAACCCUGGUGGGUGAAUGUGAAAGGAUUUUUUUCCAAGCCUCCUACGUGGAACUAUUUUAUCAUGACCAUGUAUAUCACAAUAUAAAAAAACAGGCACAUCAGAGUUUUAUGUAGGAACAGAAUAAAUAGAAUGGAGUGUUUGUGUGUGGGGGGGAGCAGGUCUAUUAGAGUGGCUUUUAGUCUCUGGUCCAGGUAGUCCAGUAAUAUCUGUCUGCCAACAGAAAGGCCAAGAAUUCAGUAGUUAUUCAGUUCACAAGGCUGGAUGAACAGGUGUUGGCAUCAUAAAAUUUUAAAGAACUACUGGUCUUUAGUCUGCACUAGAACUUAAAGAAAUGGGUUAUACAACCAAUGAAGGGGGAGGGGUGUCAGCAACAGCAUGGAUGAUUUUGCCAGUAAGAGUGAAGGCAAGCAGGCAAAAAGCAAAUACUUGCUUCUUCAAAGGACUUUUACAAAGACUGCCAGCAAUAGGUGUGGCCCAGACUUAGUAUGGGUCUUUCCAUGUCAUGUGAUAGAUAGCACCAGGAAAACCCAUCACUAGCAUGACAAGCUACUUGGGUUUUAGUUGAUGUUGGAUGUAUUCAAAUCGACAACCAUAAGCCAUUACAAGAAAGAUCUACACAGAGUUGUGUUAUAGCAAGUAUCUAGUGGAUCAUCUAAACUUGUUGUAUUAUGAUUUUAUACAAAUUUGCUUUCAUAUAUAGUAACAUUAAAAACUAGAAUUGUUGUCCUCUGGACUUUAAAAUCAUGCUUUUAAAUUUUCCCAAAGUAAAUGUAAAAGUGUAUUACCUGUGUACAUUAAAACCAGAAUUUAAGGUUUUGAAGCUGUGGCACACAUUAUGAGUUCCUCCUCUUACAAUUACUAAGACCUCCAGUAAUAAUAAAUUUCCUUCCAGACAGGUGAUUUGAAGUGAUUGGAUAAACUAAGAUUCCAGGCUAGAAAUAACUUGAACUAAUUAUUACAACAUGCACAAGGUAAAUAAAGAGAUAAUGUUUGCAAACUGUCGUGUCUCUGGGAGUCCCUUCGGGAGCACCUCCACACUGAAGACAUAAAAACAGCUCCUUCACUACAGUGGUGUUUUCAUAAGUUGGGGCACACAGUCUAUGUGUCUGCCUUUUUCAAGUGUGCCUUUGGUAAUUUGAAUAAGGUAGGUACCCCAUGGGUCUUACGUGGAAAACUAUUGCCUACAAUACUCUUUAACACUUUUCAUAUUUCCUAUAGUGUAGUUCAGAUUGUGAGAAAGAAUCAAUUGCCCUAACCUUGACAAGCUCCGGUCUCUGAGGCCCUUAUAUCAGAACCAUUUGUACUCACAUGGAAAUGCCCAUUUCCUACUGCUGCUUCAAACGAUGAACGCAGUGAGUGUCACAAAGGCGGGGCAAAGCAUCGCUAAGGCGGGGCACAGCAUCACUGAAAUUUUUCAGGGGAUUCUGAUGCACAGAUUGUUUAAGAACCAUUAAUUUUUACCUCUCUUUUACCCUUGUAGGCUCUGAUUUUCUCCAGCCAAGGAGGACUACAAAUCAUCCUUUUAACAAAGUGUUUGCAGGCAAUAGCUGAAAAUAAAGGGCCUGUUUAGACCUUGGAAUUGUCUCAGCACAAGCAAACAAUCAAAUAGAGUGGUUGGUAGAGUGUAUUGACAACCCAUGAACUAUCUAACACUGCUUUUUGGAACUUGGUGGAAGUGUUCCAGCCAUCAUCUCUACUAGAGUAAGAUAAGCUAUGCUGGUCUAAGAUUUCAAUAACUUCCCAUCACAUAUCUUACUUUUGCUGAUCCUGAAUGUCCAGCAUAGGGGCUUGCAGGUUUUUGUAUGUGUGUGUUUGCCUUGUGAAAUGUGUAGCUUGCAGUUGCCCUAUAAUUGAACUUAAACGGACACCUCUUAUUUCUUUUCCUUAUGUUUUAUUUACUAGAACUAUUGCCAAGGUCCUGAUCCAAUAAUAUAGAAAUUUACAAAACAUGUUCUACAGUCACUAGCAAGGGAAAAUUACAUUGACCUUUAUGAACACGUAGCAUUGUCUUCUUCUACAAAUGAGAUAAGAUUGAGAUAUUUAGAUAGGGUGAGGAAGCAAAGAGGGAUCUUCGAUCUUCUUUCUGUUACUUCAUAUAAUAAAACAACAAAGGGCUCUGAUGCUCACAUCCAACCUGAGUAUGCCAAGUAAUCAAGAUGAAAGUCCACACAGAAAAGAAUAAAGCUUGCACGUAAGUGCUCCCUAAUUGAACGUUGUUGACAGACAUCAUUACAAUAAUUACAGUUUCUGCUUAUAAGAAGAAGCAUGUUCUAUAAGUUGAAUGAUAUUAUGUUGAGUUACUUUCUAUUUAGUGGCUUUGGUUAGUACUCUAAGAAUGUGAGGCUCAAACUGUCUGCAAAUGAGCCGUUUCAUUUUGGAAAUUCAGGGAGACUCAGAAGAAUUGAAGGCAUUUAGAACACAGUAGAGCAUGUAACAUGGUCAUUAGAAAGCAUCAUUGAUCCAUUUAUCUAAAGAGUUAAACAGGGAAUUCAAACUGAGGGUGCUGAAGCUCAGAUGAGCUCAGGGGAGACCAGUACCUGUGGGUAUCAUGGAGCCUGUGACUCCUUUUCUUGCAUUUUCUUUCUUUCUGAUUGGGUUCUAUUGACAUUAGGUAUCUGAAUUUUAUAUAUUUUUUUAAUGUAUACAGUAUUAUUUGGUAAUAGCUAAAAGCUCUCUAUAAUUUGGCAAAAAUUAAUACUUCAAGUCUUAGUUCAUGAGGACGCAGUGUUGCACAAAGAAGAAUUUUGCUUCUCGGUGUCAUAGGGAAAUUAUUCACUAGCUAAAAUCCUUCUAAGAAUAGUUCACAUAGUUUUGCCUUGAGUACGUCAAACAUUUAAAAAUACUAAAGUGUGAAGAAUGGCUUUCUGGAAGAUAUACAGGGUAGAAAGAUGAAAGUAUGUGAACAACAUCUGCUAGCAGAUCCUGAGCUCUGCUCUUUCCCUGGAUGACUGUUCUUUCAACACUUUAAAACACUUUCAAACCAUGUUUAAUGGACCAGUUCUCUAGUCUCAGUACUCAGGAGGAGAAAGCAAAAGGAUUAUGAGUUGGAGACCAGUCUAUGCUACAGAGUUCAUUCCAGGUCUACCUGAGUUAUAUAGAGAGACCACAUACUUCAAAAUAGAAUAAUAAAGUAACUCCUGAUUUCCAUUUAUUUAACCCACUGAUUUAUUUUCAACAGUGACAGCUAAGUCACAGGAUAACUGUGUUUUACCUGCCAGGGCAAGUGAUGCUGAGCCAGAAGUAAACUUAGUCAUGGAGGCCAACUGCACAUACUGGCAAUGUGCCCCAGAGAGCCAAAUCUCCCCCAAAUGCUUGAGAAACCUAAUAUUUUCAAGGAUGAUGGUUUGAAGGAUCUUUAUAAUUUUUGAAUAAGAGUUGAUGAAAAUUCAGUAAUAAUGUCUUGUAUAUAUGGAAUGAAAGGGUAAAAAAACCCACUAAUAUAACAGAUAGUAUUCUUCCUCCUUAAAGGGUAAAAUGUGAAACUCAUUGUCAAAGGCUAGAAGUGAAUUAUUUGUCAAUGGGUAAAGAAAUCUUUUUGCCUUUUUAGGUCUUUGAUUUCAUAUUGUUUGCAUUCUGGAUUAGGAGAGGAUAAUAAUAAAGAACAUAAAGUUGUAAAAGUAAAUAGAGCUUCUAACCUGAAUAACCAAAGAAGACAAUGGUCUUAGUGUUUAUUAUCUUCACAUUAUCAGUCCCCUGAAGCAGAAAAGAGUGUAUAAAGUCCAGUCACUUGGUUAGUGGCAAAUUUCACUAAAUGAUAUCUAAGAAGAAACUGAAGAAAACAGUGAAGACUAUCAAGCCUUGUUUCCCUACUUUGAAGCACCAGGAUGAAAGAAAAAAAUGUAAAAUCUCUUUGGUAUCGACUAGAGUAAGGUGUUGGGUAGGUCUCAGGGCUUAGAGAACAAAGAUAGACAGUUAUUUCCAUUUCAAGCUUGAUAUUAUAUACAAUAUUAACUUUGGAGUCAGUACAUAUGAUUUGGGAUACUAAUUAUAAUAGUGAAUGUGCAUUUCAAUAGCACAUGUUUGCUCUCCAAUUCUGUUUCUUCAUGUUAAGUGCAAAUAAUAUCUACCUCAUUGAAUUGUUGUAAGGGUAAAAUUAAUCAAUAAAUGUGAACUUCUGAAACCUGUAACUA